UGAUCAGUUGAAGGUGAAACAGGCAGCCAAUCAGGGGAUGACUCACAGUGACAAUCAACAUGCGACACUGCAGAGACUUUGUUUCUACUUUUUGGGGCGACUUGUGAGGGUGCGAGCUGCGCGUGGACGUCGCGAGGCCACGGCUAGUGUGCGCGUGUGGCAUAGAGCAGAUAGCAGAAACUGUGAAAUGGAAACCGUGACCUCUGCUUGGACCCCCGGAGAUGCCUGUGACCUCUUCGGUGUCAGCCAGGCGUCGUGUGUGUGGGAGGAGUGUGUGUUUAACAGGACUCCCCCUUCUGGCGACAUGUGGUUAGAGCAGCUCUCGCCACACCGGCAGAGGAACAAACAGCUUCAGGAUACGCUGCUGCAGCGGGAGGAGGAGCUGAGUCGCCUCCAGGAGGAGAACAUCAAACUCAAAGAGUUCCUCAACUCUUCCUUUGUAAGGGACCUGCAAGAGAAAUGCAAGUUGACUGCCAAGAAGCUGAAGAGAAAGCUUCCACACAGAUCUUUAAGUCUUCAUCCGUCCCCUGAGGUCAGCAAGCGCAUCUGCAGGAACCUCACUGCCGAGUUCUGCUCGGAGUCACCUGCCACCUCAGAGCCGGCAUUGGACUUGUGGGUCCUGAGGACACUCGGCCUGAAGGACAGAGACACCAUCGACUUGUCUUCAGCCGCAUGCCAGCAAAGUUCCGCAGUCACGCCGCCGCCUUCUUACUGCCAGAGUUCUCCUGCUGAGAGCGAGUGCAGCUACAGGAGCAGCUACAGCUCUGAAGAUCCGCUAAGUCACACUGACUCAGUCACCCCUGUCCACAUGUGGACAGGGAGAGGACCCCAUGAAGACGUGGAGAGAGGUUUCAGCCAGACGCCACAGGGGUCGCACUUUUGCUCCUCCACUCAACCUUUCCACUCAGCCUACUGCGCACCUUGUACCACCAGUCCAGUCAAAAGCCAGUCCCGGACUCAAGGAGGUGAUCAGUCAGACCUGGCCUUCAGCAUGUCCCUUAAUCCCUCCAGCAGCGUCAAGACCCUCAGCUUCCCUCAGGGACAGGCCUUCGUCAGGAGGAACCCUCAGGGACGCUGGAACUUCACCUGGGUGCCCACGCAGACGUCCCACAAUGCACUUGGAUGACCUAAACUGCCUGAAAACUCUUGAGAAAAAUGAAAUCAAACAACUGCUAAUUUGUAAUGACCAUUUCUAUUACUUUCUAGCAUAGAAAAAGUUGAGUUGAUGUAUGGCUAACCAGCUACAGUAAGUCACUAACUGGCAGCACACUUUUAAAAAAAUAAUAAUAUUGUUGCUGUCACUGAACACUGCACACAGUAACAACAAUUAUUACCUUUGUGAAGGCAGCAUGUGUUCCCAGUGAAGUGGUGAUAUGUUAGCAUGUUAGCUGUACAAGAUGCAAGGAGGUUAUUGUUGUGGAUGUGAAGCAGUUGCCUUUGCUAACUUCUUUUGUUUUUAUGACCUUGACC